AUGGAUACAUUAGGAAAAGUAUUUAUAGCGGGUGUUCAAAUCUUGGGAAAAGCUUUUGUUGAAGCAUCGAAGCAGGCUGCCAAAAAUGCAAAGAAUAGCAAUGCAAAACUUUCACUAGAUUCUAAAACGGGAAUGACCAUCGAAGAAGCUUGUCAAAUCCUAAAUAUAAAAGGAAAUGUUUUAGACUUUGUUCAAAUAUCAAAGUAA